CCGUCGUCAUCGUUACCAUCACCGUCGUCAUCGUUACCAUCACCGUCGUCAUGGUCACCACCCCCCUCCCUCCAACGUCAUCAUGACUCUGAGUAACAGAGCGGCCAUGUUACGUGGGGGUGGAGGGGGGGGGCCUCGGUGCGGACUCCGUCGCCUCCAUAUGACGGCCGGCCCACGGGGGUCCCCUUCGCCGGCCACGUGUGGCUGGGGUGAGGGGGCCGCUAGCCCGAGCCACGCUUCUUCACUCGCUCGUCUCAUCCGGGGAACCGGCGAACGGGGCACGGAGGGGGGGGGAAGGGCGAAGGGCAGGGACGAGAAGGGCAGCGAGAGGGGGGCAAGGCCCGGCCGAAGAGGUAAGGCCAGGGAGGUGAAUUCUGAGGGGGCCAUCAGGGGUUUACAGACAUCGUAUGGUAGUGUAAGGGGGACUUCCCCCCCUCCAGCCGGUUCAGGGGUUGCAGUUGCAGCGGGCGGUGAGGCCGGGAGGGCAGAGAGACGGUCCCGACCAAAGCGGUCAGGUCAGAUCAAUCUACAACCGAGUUCCACCGCCACAAAAACGGGUUACAAUUACACGUGAACUGACCACCUACUCGCUCACCCACCUCAUUCAUCCCCUCGCCACACCGCAGGUCACAACACUUAUUUAGUCCCUCGCACUCCCAACACUUUGAAAUCCCCCUCCUCCCAAUCGUCUCUCUUCAUCAGGCUCUUGAAACAACAAUAACCGCGCUCAGUUCAACACGCGGACAGCCAGCAGCGGGAUUGCAUCAGUAACCCCAGGUGAGGUCAGGUCAAGGGGUUGAGGUGGUCAGGUCAAGGGGUUGAGGUGAGGACGGCGGUGAGGUCGGGACAGGGAGUCAGGUGAGGGGGUGAGAGGGUCGGGUCAUGUCGGACCAGGAGGAGGGACCCCGCGGCGUGCCCCCGCUGCUCGUGCACGUGUCCGCGGGCGGCGCGGCGCUGUUGUGGAGCGCGGCCGAUGCGCGCGAUCUCCGGGAGCGGCACGGGAUCGCGGGCUCCCCCGCGGGCUCCCUGGCGCGGCAGCCCCGGCAGAACUCGCGCCUGGGCCUCCCCGUGAUCCUCAUGGCCGAGGAAGCGAGGCUCCUGGCCGAGACGGGAGCCGCCGUUCUCGUGAGGCCCGCGGCGGCGGUCGGCGGCGAGGAGACGGAGCGCAGGGUGCAGGAGCUGGAGGAGGAACGGGAACGUGGAUUCAGGGAGCAGAGGCGCCUCGCCAUUCGGGAGCGCAGGGCGCGCAUGCGGGGGGAUCUGGCCGACACCAUCGCCCGGGGACGCGAGGCGAAGCGGCGCAGGGCGCGGGGCGGACGCGGCGACGGCAGUGGAGGAGGAGGAGAGACGAGGGGUGGAGACGGGAUGGGUGGUGGUGGUGGAGGAGGUAGGGGCGACUUUGAGGAGAGACCUGAGUUGGACGUGGAACCUACUGAGGAUGCUGGCGAGAGGGACAAGGUGACGACGGGUGAGAGGGGCGAGCAAAAGUUUGAGGAGGGCAUGGAGCUUGGUGAGGCGUGCGCGGACCACCGCGAUGCCGGCCAGGAGGCCGAGGAGGACAAUGCCGCCGCCGCUGCUGCUGCUGCCGCCGGUGACGACGAGGACGAUGAUGAUGAUGAGGACGAUGCGGGGCUGCAGUUCACGCGCGAGAGCAUGCUGGUGCAGGUGCGCACGUCGCGGGCCGCGCUGCGCGUCGUGGAGUGUCGCGCGGCCUCCGCCCCGUGGGCCCACCCGCCGAUCGCGCCGCACCACGAGCUGCGCUACCGCGUCUACCGCGACCUGCAGCGGCGCGGCCUGCACCUCACGAGCGGCGCCAAGUUCGGGGGAGACUUCCUCGUCUACCCCGGAGACCCCCUGCGCUUCCACUCGCACUUCAUCGCGUUGUGUCGCGACGACGAGCGGCCGAUGGCGCUCGUCGAGCUGCUCGCGGCCGCGCGUCUCGGCAGCAACGUGAAGAAGACGGUGCUGCUGUGCUCGCCGAUGCCCCGAGACGGCGUCCGCUACACGUCCCUGCAGUGGAGUGGCUGGAAGUGACCACCGCAGCCCUUGCCCAACCGGUUUCAGCCGGUGUCCUCUCCUCCGUCACUGCUUCGCGGUUAUUAGACGCUGACCGUGCGGAAGACGUUGAAGCCGCUGUGCGCCGUGCUGGCGAUGACGCCGGGGCAUUGCGGGUGCCAGUGCAACUCCUUAAUGUCGCUCUGGCCCUGGUGGAUGAAGAGGAGCUGGGGGGGGAUGGAGGCCAGCUCCCCGGGGGUGUCGCCGCCAACGGCCUCGGCGUCGCUCUCGACGCCGAGGUCCCACUGCGUGAGGAGGUCGUCGGCGCCCGAUGCCGCAAACACGGAGCUGUCGCCCGGGUGCCACUCGACCGACGUGAUGGGGGCGGUGUGCUGCUUGAAACGCGCCACGGGCUCACCCUUCUGCUCACGUGCGCAUGCACGGGGGGGGGAGGGGGGAGGAGGGGUGACAAGGGUGCACGUGUCAGAUCGCAUGUUCCACGCCGCACGUCACGCCGUGCACGUCUUGCCAGAGGUGCGAUACUUGAGAUUUAAUUCACAGAACUCUGCUAAACGAUUCGGACGACAAUGAAAUCGGAGAACGCAGCAGACGGUGGUUGAAGACGUCACGGCGAGCAACGUGAGCUUCAGAGCAGCGAGGAGAUGGAUGUUGAUUUGCCAGCUGUCAAUGGACUAAAUGUGGUCUUUAUGGAAAUCAUGGAGUUUUGUAAUAAAUCACAUUCUGGGGUGCCCCA